CGCGGGAACCGUACCCCCGGGAGUACAGCCGAGCUGACUAGGACACUGCUUCUCUGCUAGCUGCGGACUCAGGAUGAGCUGCAUUAAUCUGCCCACCGUGCUGCCCGGCUCCCCCAGCAAGAUCCGGGGGCAGAUCCAGGUGAUCUUGGGCCCCAUGUUCUCUGGCAAAAGCACAGAGCUCAUGCGAAGAGUCCGGCGAUUCCAGAUUGCCCAGUACAAGUGCCUCGUGAUCAAGUAUGCCAAAGACACUCGAUAUGGCAAAAGUUUUUCCACACAUGACCGGAACACUAUGGAAGCACUCCCAGCCUGCUUGCUUCGGGAUAUAGCCCAGGAUGCUCUGGCUGUGACUGUCAUUGGCAUUGAUGAGGGACAGUUUUUUCCAGACAUUGUGGAAUUCAGUGAAACCAUGGCAAAUGCUGGGAAGACUGUGAUUGUAGCUGCACUGGAUGGGACCUUUCAGAGGAAGGCAUUUGGGAAUAUCCUGAACUUGGUGCCACUGGCAGAGAGUGUGGUGAAACUGACAGCAGUGUGCAUGGAGUGCUUCAGGGAAGCUGCUUAUACCAAGAGACUGGGGGUGGAGAAAGAGGUUGAAGUGAUUGGUGGUGCUGACAAAUAUCACUCUGUGUGUCGACUCUGCUAUUUCAAGAAAUUCUCAGGACAAUCUACUGGACCAGAGAACAAAGAGAACUGCCCCCUGAGUGGAAAGUUGGGUGACACCUCAAGCUGUCGGAAACUCUUUGCAGCCCAACAGAUUCUACAAUGCAAUUCAAACAACUGAAACAGUAGGGCUGUUCCUGGAACUGGCUUCGACUUGGGGAGCUAAAUUCAAGCACUCUUGGCCAUGUGUGUAUAUAUGGAGAAGUCACCUGGACCUGCUUCUCCCUUUCUAGCCACCCCACACCUAUAGCUGUUGCUUAUAUCCAUAGCAUGAUUCUGACUCCUCCAUAAAGCCCAGAAGAGACCUUAGAUAGGGGGGAACAGGAAAGAAGCUGUGCUUCAUAACUUGGAAAAACCCUUUUGAACCCAAGACUAUACUUUAUAACUUAAUUCCACCAUUCCCCUACUUAUUUACCAUCCUAUCCACCCUGCCCCCACAACUUCUGCUUGGCCUAUAAACAUUGGCAAUAAAAUCCCUCACCUUCCUUUCUUUGGC